AUGCUUCCUGCAUUGCAGCCCUCGCGGCCAAAGCAACCCCAACCCACCCACCCACACCACCCCUCCUACACCCAAACCCGCGCCCUCCACGACUCAGCCUCAUCCCAGCAUCAAUCACCCCGAACCUCCUCAAACUCCCCUUCAACGCGAACCACGAACCAAACCUCACAAUCUCAAACCCACACCAUGCCCACACGACCCACCCCCUACGCAGGCUCCUACAACAGCGCGAUCCGUCAUCCCGUCUUCUUCACCUCGCAGCUGCGCAAACUGCCGUUCCCGGUUCCGCAGGUGGGCAGUCUGGCGUCGAAUCCUGUGGCGAGCGGGUAUGUGGAGGAGAGGAGGAGGGACAUGAGUACGGGAACGGGCACGAAGCUGUGA